AUGUCGCUCUCCGUGUAUAUAUCCCCUUGGAUUGAAUACGUGUUAAACUAUGACCCUCCCUGGAUGCGUGGCAUGAAUCCUGUCAAUUAUUCUUCACUGGCUACCGAUUGCAAGGAAUCCAAGGACCUUGAGUUCUGUGACCAGCACGAACAACUUGGAGAAGAGUCUUCAAGAUGGCAUGAGUUGAUUGUUGACCAAUGUAGACCAAUUAAAGCGUUUCGAAACGCACUCAUCGUCGGUUGUGGGAUCCUCUUUCUUAGUGCAUAUGCGUUCUCAGAGUCUCCACACCACAAGGACCACUCUGGACAAAGAAACGGGGCGAAACUUCCUGUUUUGCCUACGUAUCAGCUUGAUCCCGAACUCAUAAGCCAUCUUGGUCCAUAUGGCCCUCGUCGUGCCGUAUCGAGUCAAAUCUCGUCCGAAACACCCGAAGGAUGCAGCGUAUCUAUGAUUAGCAUACUUCAACGACACGGCGCUCGAUAUCCUACCGGCGACGGAGAAGGCGCACGCAUCGACGCAGCACUCGACAAGCUGAGCCGAGUAAUGAAUACGACUGAUCCCUCUCUCGAAUUCGCACUUGGCUUCAAGUAUCCAUAUGUCGCGGAUCAAAUGGUUUCGCUUGGGCAGAGGCAAAUGUACGUUUCAGGUCAAAUUAUUGCCCAAAAGUACGCCUCGCUUGGGCCAAAGAUAUUCGUCCGCUCCACGGCAGAGGAAAGGAUUGCCGAGUCUGCUGGGUGGUGGGAACAAGGGUUCAAAGGCGAUCCUUUUGACGUUCCAGUCUCCGGCUUACCCCACCCAGCUGUGGCAAUGCCUGUUAGCGAUAAAUUCAACAAUACUCUCGACGUCCAGACCUGCCCAGCAGCUAAAGCGCUAAACCCUCCUCUCGGGGAUACUGCCAGUGCUGAAUGGCUCACUACUUUCGCACCCCCAAUUACAAAACGACUCAAUGACCGGCUACUAGGCGCGAAUCUAACCGAUCGUGAUGUUUUUAGCUUGAUGAACUUGUGUGGAUUCGAUUCGGCUGCCAAGAACGGCACUACGAGUCCAUGGUGCGGGGUUUUCAGUCUGGACGAAUGGAAGAGCUAUGAAUACUAUCAUGAUUUGGAGAAAUAUUGGUCCAAGUCGUACGGCUCAACCUAUGCUCGCUCUCUUGGUGCCGGUUGGGUCAACGAACUACUAUCCCGCCUAACCGGUACACCCGUUCAAGACUCGACAUCCACGAACCGCACCCUAGACUCGAGUCACAAAACCUUCCCCAUUGGCUCAUGCGCUCCACGAAUUUUUGCCGACUUCUCAAGCGAUAAUAACAUCGUGACCAUCUUGUCUUCGCUCGGAAUCCUCAGGGAUUCUGUUCCACUUCCGUCGGCUGGACCAAUUCCUUCGCACAAAGAUCAACAAUUCGUGGUAUCCAGGAUGGUUCCUUUUGGAGGAUUGACACUGGUUGAAAAGCUCACCUGCUCGGGACCCCACUUAAACGGAGAUCAUGUCCGUAUCAUCAUCAACGAUGCGGUAGUUUCGCUGGAUAGCCUCCCAGAGUGCGUGGGAUCAGAAAAAAUCAACGGUCUAUGCCCGUUGGAUCAAUUUGUGCACAGCCAAGCAUAUGCUCGGGCAGGUGGAAACUUUACAGCUUGCUUCCAAUAG